AAUCAGAUGAAAAAUAAGCUAUUAGUGUUCUUGAUAGACGGUUUAGGCGACGUCAGUAUUUCACAUUACGACUCAAAGACACCUCUUCAGCUAGCCAAUACACCUCACCUUGACAGUUUAGCAAAAACUGGUUUAAACGGCUUGUUAGAUCCUGUUGAACCAGGUUUAGCUUGUGGUUCAGACACUGCUCACUUGUCUAUAUUAGGCUAUGACCCUAGAAUUUAUUAUGAAGGAAGAGGUGCUUUUGAGAGUAUGGGAGCUGGUCUCGACAUGAUUCCCGGUGAUAUUGCAUUUAAAUCCAACUUUGCUUAUUUGGAUGAAGAUUCAGGUAUUGUGGUAUCAAGAAAAGCAGAUCGAAAUUUUGAAGGCUUAGGUCCUAUUUUGUGCAAGGCUCUUGAUGGCAUCAAAUUACCUUCUUUUCCUGAACAUUCUGUCGCUGUCAAGUAUGCUAUUGAACAUCGAUGUGGUGUUAGAGUACGAGGACCUGGUUUAUCAUCUUCAAUUACAGGCACUGAUCCUCUGAAAGACAACAAAAAACUAGUGUAUUGUGAGCCUACAGUAGAUGACGAAGCUUCUAAAAUGACAAGCAAGUUAACGAAUGAACUCUCGACUGUAUUGACUGAAGCUCUCAAGCAACAUCCGAUCAAUCAAGAAAGAAACAAACAAGGCAAGAAUCCAAUUAACUGUGUCCUUUUAAGAGGUUGUGGUAGUUGUAUCGAUGUACCUAAUAUUCAAGAGAAACAUGGCCUCAAGAGUUUCUUGAUUGCACCCACCUGUAUUAUUGCGGGUAUUGGUAUGACAGUAGGCAUGGACUUGAUCCAUGUACCUGGUGCUACUGGCGAUUAUGGUACAGACUUUGAUGCCAAAGCGAAAGCGUGUAUAAACAAUAUUCAGUCUGACAUAUAUGACUUCGGAUUCUGUCAUUUGAAAGCCGUGGACGAUGCUGGUCAUGAUCAUGAUGUAGAGAAGAAGAUAUACUAUCUUGAAAAGAUAGACAACAUGAUUGGGUCUGUGAUUUCCAGUUUAAGAAACUCUCUUGAUACCAAUUACACCAUUAUUGUAACAGGAGAUCAUACAACGCCAGCUCUUUAUGGUGACCAUAGCUGCGAGCCUGUUCCUUUUGCAAUCAGCUCUUUAAAAGAAGGUGAUUCUGUUCAGUCCUUUAACGAAAUAGAUGCUGCUCAAGGUGCAUUAGGUAGAUUUUGUGGUGAGCAAGUCAUGUCCUUAGCAAAAACAUUCAUGAACAAAUAAAUACAAUGCUAU